GCUUUUUUCCCCUGAUUGGCAUUGAUUUCCAGAAGGCCCUUGGUCUCUGACUACCAUGGAGACGGGUUUUCCGGUAUCAACGACCUUUGGCCCAGUAGAUCCUAACACGUUGCCACCCGAUAUGACCCUGAUUUCCAAUGACUCCGUCGUAUUCUACACCCACGAAGCUACCCUUUUCAAAGCUUCUACCAACCACUUCAAUAAUCUCCUUCCAUUCCCAACGCCUGCUCAGCAUGACCCCUCUGAAAGAAUCCUCACCUUACCCGAAAUCUCCUCAUCCGAGCUCCAGAUCAUGCUCCUAGCAAUUUAUAAAGUCCCCGCAGGAGACCCUUCGUUCUCCCUCGUCGACAUCAACACUCUCAUUCGAGCCAUUGACCAUCUCCCCAACUAUGGAUUCUCUCCCAAAACUCAAAUCACCCCUACAUCUCAGAUGUAUCGCCUAAUGCUAUCUUGUGCGCCUUUGUACCCACUGGAGAUAUACGCGCUAGCAGCACAGUACGAGAUACAUGCAAUAGCAGUGACUGCAUCGAGCCAUACGCUCGUCCUCCCCCUUUCCGAGGUGAGUGCCGAGUUGUCGAGGAGAAUGGGGGCGAUUUAUCUCUUAUGGCUGUUCCAAUUACAUAUGGGGAGGACGGAGAGGUUGAAGGUAUUGUUGACGGCUGAGGUGGGACUUCAUAAUCCGACGGCGGAGUGUAGUUUUACGAACCAGAAGACGUUGAAGAGGAUGUGGAAUUUGGCGGUGGCCAAGUUGUUGUUUGCGAUUAAAGCUGGUGAGCGUGUUUCGGCUUUGGGUCUCGGGUUUUGAUUUGCCAAAUUCAGAUACGACGACUGCGUUGAUUAGGAAUGAGGUUAUGGAACAUACUUCCGGGUUGACCUGUCCCGACUGUUUGACUCUCAGAGACAAGCAGCUCAACAAGGUCAUCACUGAAUGGUCGGUGACAAGGCGUACGAUCGAUGACAGUUAAAGUUGCAUCUUUACUGCCAUGGUCCAUUGUCAGGUAGUAAAAGAUACUACUAGUGUACAUAUGUAGACAAAUGUUCAGUACGGCACAUGUAUUCUUCAUUAUGUAUCUAAUC